AUGUCGACCAAGCGCAACCUCAUCGUGGUUUCGAACCGUCUUCCCCUCUCCAUCAAGAAAGUCGAUGGCUCGUUCCAGUCCUCCGUCUCCAGCGGAGGGCUGGUGACUUCUCUCUCGGGAUUGACCAAGUCGACCUCGUUCCGCUGGUUCGGAUGGCCGGGCAUCGAGGCGACCGAGCCCGAAGACCAAAAACAGAUCUCGCAGAGCCUCGCCGAGCACAACGCCGUGCCUGUUUUUCUAGACAGUGAGCUCGCGCAUCAACAUUACAACGGCUUCUCCAAUGCCAUCUUAUGGCCCAUGCUCCACUACCAGUCCGGGGUCUCGUUCGACGAAAACGCCUGGAAAGCAUACAAGCGCGUGAACGAGCUCUUUGCCGAUGCCAUCGCCGCGCAGGUCACCCGUGGUACGCUGAUCUGGGUGCAUGACUACCAUCUGAUGUUGUUGCCGAGACUCCUCCGUGAGCGUCUGAAGCAGGACAAGCAGUGUGCCAUUGGAUUCUCGCUGCACACACCGUUCCCCGCGUGGGACUUCUGGCGCGCUCUGCCUGUGCGCAACGAGUUGGUCGAGGGCAUCCUCGGCAGCGACCUUAUCGGAUUCCAUACCAAUGAGUAUAAGGAUAAUUUUGUGGACUGCACUCAUUCGCUGGGCGCAAACACCGACGUGCCGGGCGAAAUCAAAUAUCAGGGUAGACAGAUAUUCACCGAUAAAUUCAUCGUGGGGAUCGAUCCACAGAAGUUCACCGACGCGUUGCAGACAGACGACGUCCGGCGACGCAUCCGCGAGCUCCGAGAACGGUACAAAGGUGUGAAGGUGAUCCUGGGCGUGGACCGACUCGACCAUAUCAAGGGCCUACCACAGAAACUGAAAGGCUACGACCGUUUCCUGGAAGAGCAUCCGGAGCUGCAGAACAAGGUGGUCCUGAUCCAGGUCGCGGUGCCCAGUCGCGAGGACGUGAAGGAGUACCAGGAUCUCAAGGAGGAGAUUAGCACGAUAGUGGGCCAGAUCAAUGGGAAAUACGCCACCCCCGACGGAUCUCCGCUGGUGUACAUGCAUCGAUCGGUGGAGUUCUCGGAGCUGGCGGCGCUGUACUCGGUCGCCGAUGUCUGUCUGCUGACCUCGACGCGCGACGGGAUGAAUCUUGUCUCGUUCGAGUAUAUUGCCUGCCAAGGCGAGCGUCAUGGCGUGCUGGUGCUGUCCGAGUUCGCCGGCGCGGCCGCGUUUAUGAAAGAGGGGAGCAUCACAUUCCAUCCGGCGCAUCUGUCGCAACUGGCGGGGGCGAUUUACAAGGCCGUGACGAUGAGCGACGAGGAUCGCAAGCGGCGGUACGAGGGGCUACGUGGGUUUAUCGAGACAAAUACUAGUGCCAAAUGGGGCGAGUCUUUCAUUGAGAGGCUGUCCACACGACUGCCCGAGGGAUCGGAGGCCUAG